UAAUAAUUAAAUACCAGAAGAGUUACAUUUGAUCAAUUUAGUGUAUCAAAAAAGUGUUUAAUAAAGCGAGGAAGCAAGAUGGAGAGAACGAGGUUUAGAGCGAGAGGAGCAGCGAGAAGGGAAGCUAGCGGCACCAGACAACGGCAAGGGCACAGGCGUUGGAUUCCAAGAUUGGAUCACAAGAUUUUGGGGCAAGCUACGACUUUCUUCAUUUAUAAUUUCCCAAAAAACUUGGAGGUGAAAGAAUUAUGGUACAGGUUUCAGAUGUAUGGAAAAGUGAUAGAUGUUUUUGUGCCAAAGAAGCGCGACAAGUGGGGAAAGAGGUUUGGCUUUCUGCAUCUACUAGGAGUACAUAAUGAAAGUCAAAUGGUUAGGAGGCUGAAUGAAAUCUGGAUAGACUCAUACAAGUUGAGAGUAAAGACAGCAGAGGAUAGAAGUAAAGAGAGAGUAAAAGGCACAGUUACAAGGGGUAAAACACAGCACAUAGUUGAUAGAUUGGUAAAACCAGGACAGUCAUACACUCAGGUGACGAGGCAACAGAACGAGAAGGAGGAAGUGGCAUCCUAUCAAAUACUAAAGGCCAAAAGAAGUAUAGAGAAGGAUAGGGACGCUGAGUCUCAAGAGGAAAGUAUGGAAUUCACACCAACACAGGAUGAGCUAAAGUGGCUUGAAGGGGGCAGAAGAAGAGUGUUGCUAACGGAAAAAGAACCAGGGUAUUUGAUUGAGUUUAUGAAUCUCAACAAAGAGUUGUUUGAUUUGUGGUUUGUAGACAUUAAACCAUGGGACAAGGAAGUUCAGGAACGAAGCAGAUUAGUAUGGCUUCGUAUAUCUGGGAUUCCAUUGAAGGCAUGGAUUGACAGAUGCUUUAAAAUGAUCGGAGAAUCAAUGGGCGAGGUCAUGAUGAUUCAUGGUGACACAAAGACGAAGUCAAUCUUGUGUGAGGGGAGAAUAUUAGUUAUAUGUUCUGCAGAGCAUAAGAUCGUUAAACAAGUCUCACUGAAGGUGGAAGAACAGAUGUAUGAAACACAGGUGAUUGAGGAAGAAUGGCGCUCCGACCCAGACUGGUGGCUCUCAAAUGAUGACCAGCAAAAAGAUGACGUGAGCAUGGAUGAGGAGCAUUCAAUGCAUGACAAUCUUCUGAAUUCAAAUUUUAAAAGUUCAGAGGAAGGAAAGGCGAGUUGGCAUGCAGAAGAAGGGGAUGCGGACAUAGAAGACGGUGCUAGUGGGCCGUCCAAGACAAAUGGGCCGCUGGAGGGAGGAAGUGCAGUCCCGAUUGCUGGAAUUGGAGAUGAGGGAGGCUGCAGGGGAGUGAUAGAGGAAGUGGGAACGAUGUGGAAUUCAAAUGAGAUUGACUGGGUGAUGAAGGAAUCGAUAGGAGCUUCGGGUGGCUUGUUAUGUAUCUGGAAUAAGAAGAAUUUUGCUAAGACAAAAGAUUUUACGGGUGAUGGUUAUUUGAGAAUAACAGGGGAGUGGGGACUAGAUAAGGUAGAGCAAAUUGAUAUGAAGAAUGAAGAGAUUGAUCUGGACGAAUUCAAGAUUAUUCAAAGACAGGAAGGUUUUCAGAAAAUGUGGGAUAUCAUGAGGAGGAGAGAAGUGAUAUGGAAACAGAAAUCAAGAAGCAACUGGGUGCAUGUGGGAGAUGCAAACAUGCGAUUCUUUCAUAGAGUAGCAAAUGGUAGAAAGGCCCAAAAUCAUAUCACAGGCUUAUUGCGUGAUGGUUGUUGGGUGGAAGAACUAGAACAGGUUAAGAAGGAGGUGUAUAAUUAUUUUAGCAAGUUAUUUCAAGGAGACACAUGGAAUAGACCAAAGCCUUGUGGGGUUAGCUUCAAACAGAUUUCUGCAGAGGAAAAACAAUGGCUUGAACGACCAUUCUCCAUUGAAGAAAUUGAGGAAGGGUUACGAAGCUAUGAAGGAUCUAAAGCUCCGGGACCGGACGAGUACAAUUUUAAUUUUCUUAAAUUUGCUUGGGAUAGUUUAAAGGAAGAUUUUAUGAGUUUCUUUGCAGAGUUUCACAAGAAUGGUAGAUUAGUUAGUGGGCUGAAUUCAUCUUUCUUAACUCUAAUUCCUAAGAAGUUUAAUUCUAUGGAAUUAAAGGAUUAUAGACCUAUUAGCUUGAUCGGGUGUGUUUAUAAACUGUUAACAAAAGUGUUGGCCAGUAGAAUUAAGGCCGUGAUGCCGAGGAUUAUCAGUGAAACUCAAUCUGCUUUCUUGAGAGGACGUCAAUUAGUUGAUGGAGUAUUAGUGUUGAAUGAGGUUGUGGAGGAAGUUAAGAGAAGGAAGCAGUUGGCUUUUGUUUUCAAGGCUAAUUUCGCGAAGGCAUAUGAUUGUGUGGAUUGGUCAUUUUUGGAAUGGAUGAUGGAUCGCUUGGGUUUUGGAAUCAAAUGGAGAGGUUGGAUUAUGGAAUGCUUGUCGACUUCUAAGAUUUCAGUUUUAGUUAAUGGAAGCCCGACGGAGGAGUUCAAGGUUGGAAAGGGAUUACGACAAGGGGAUCCUUUAUCCCCAUUCUUAUUCUUGAUGAUUGGAGAGGGAUUAAAUGGAUUGGUUCAGAAAGUAGUGUUGGAGGCCAUUAUGGGAAAGGCUGACAUAGAGAAUAUAAUCAUGGUUAAAACAAUUCAGCAAUGGUUUGAACUGAUGUCUGGUCUACAAAUUAAUUUCAGCAAGAGCAACAUUUAUGGAUAUAAUGUUCCAACGAGAUGGGUUGAAGGAUCAGCAAGUAUGUUGCGGUGUGGAGUCGGAAAAUCAUCUUUUAUUUAUCUGGGAAUGCCUGUUGAUGGAAAUCCAAGGAAUAAGAAACUAUGGGAACUGGUGAUAAAAAAAUUUCGUGCUAAACUUGCUGUCUGGAAAGCUACUUUGCUGUCCUUCGGUGGCCGCCUCACUCUGCUUAACUCGGGGAUAAAUGGAGUUGGAAACUGGAAUGGAGGAGGGGGAGAAUAGGAUGAGAGAAGGAUGAGGAGGAGGUGUUGUGGGAGAAGUUGGGUACUUUGCAAUUAAAGAAGGGUGUUGAAGAUUGUUGGAGGUGGCUACAUGAUUCAGAUGGUAGUUAUAUGGUGAAGAAGGCUUAUGAAUUUUUGACCCCUUCAGAGGGUAUCUUAGAGGAACAGUUGUGUAAGGUUAUUUGGUGCAAAUUAGUACCAUCCAAAGUGUCUUUCUUUGGAUUGCUUUUAUGUCUUGAUAGGCUACCAACUAAGUGGAACAUUAGAAAGCGAGGGGUGCAUUUACAGGAAGAGGAAUUAAUGUGUGUUUUGUCCCAUAACAUGAUUGAGGAGGCUAACCAUUUAUUUAGUAUGUGUAAGGAAGCAUGGAUUUUGUGGACAGAGGUGUUGCAGUGGUGGAACAUGAAGACGGUAAUGCCAAAUAUCAUACGAGGAGUGGCAGACAUCUUUGUAUACGAUUUGGGUAGGGUAGUAGGGAAGGAGAUGGGUGCUUGUAUCUUUCUUGUUGUAUCAUGGUAUUUAUGGUAUUGGAGAAAUGGUAAGGUAUUUGUUAAUGAAGCUAUCAUCAAGGGAAGAUUACUAGAUAUGAUUCAAGCCAUAUCAUUUUUAUGGAUCAAGAAUAAGGUAAAUGGUUGUGCCUUUUCAUUUAAUGAGUGGAAGGUUAACCCUGUAACGUGUGCUCUGUCAAUGAGAAGCCACAAACAAGCAAUGAAAUUGUUUCAUAAAC